AGAGGAACAGAGGAGCGAACACGUGCGAAGAGACACCUGUCCUCCACCUUCUGCUUCUUCACUAAAAGAGAAGAGUACUAGUAUUACCCGCACCAAGAGAGCAAGACCUAUCUCGGAAUACCGCGACGCAGCGCUUGACUGUGCGAACGGACGUCCUUCGACGACGGGCGUUACCAACACAGUAGUUCUCUAAAAUAUUUUCCAGUUUUCUGCUGUUCCGUCGCUUUCCCCGUGUGUGUGUGUGUGUGCGUGCGUUCUCGCUUUCUUGUUCGUGCCGAGUGCGCCUUGUUCGAUUCAUGUCUGGCGGCGGAGAGCAAGCGUCGGCCAGUGGCGACGGCACCGCUGCGUGUCGUCAGUGCGGCUCCACGUACCACAAAACAAGCGCCAAGUUUUGUAGUCGAUGCGGCGCGUCGCGCGAGAUAGCAGGCAACGGCAGCCGCAGUAACGGUGGGGGUGGGAAAGGGAAAGCGAGCGGGGGGCUUGAUGACACGGUGCGUAGCUUAGCGGCCACUGCAAAUGGGCUGGCUGGGCCGAUGAAGCCUCCGCUUCUCUCCUUUACCGCGGUGGAAGCCGGCGGGCCUGCAGAAGCGGCGGACGAGGCGGUGAAGGGCACGCUACGACCCUUCGAUGUAGAACUACUGCGCCGGCACUCGCAUAAGGAGUCCUCGGCGGAUGCCGUGGGGGCCCCGCUGGAGUUCCGUGAUCCGAGUGAGGCGACCUCGCUGACCUCCCCCAAGCGCUGCCCUCAAAGCUCGACAUCUGGGCCGGCACCACCGCCUGUUUCUGCGGCCGCAUCCUCUUCUCCUACGUUGACGUCUUUAUCCGCCUCACGUCCCCCCGGCCUGCAUCGAGAGGCGCGCAAGUCCUCCAUUUACGCGAAGGACAACGCCCUACCAGAGCUGCCGCCGGCCUCGCUGGCCGAUCCUCGUCGCUUCACACGCCAUCAAUCGGAGUCGGAGGAAGAGCCGGAGACGAAGCUAGCCGCGACUUCGGUGAGCACCUUUAGUGGGUCCUCGGCACGUCCGCCGGCGCCACCACGCGAGCAACCGCCGUCGCACGAUGGUGGUGGUGGUGGUCGACCGUCUUCCGCGUCAUCGCCGUUGUCGCACACGCGAAAGCGUUCUAGCAAGAGUCAGAUGCAAGAGGUCGCGGUGGAAGAUGCCGCUGCGUUUGCGGACAGCGUCGUCGCCGCCGCACCUACGUCUGGCGCGAAGGAAGGAAACGAGAAACCCAAACAGAAGGCGGCGGCAGCAGAGGAUGUGGGGGACGGUGAGGAGGCCACCGGGUCUCUCCUCCGCCCCUCCGCGGAGGAGGAGGCGCAGUACACGGCGUGGGCCACGCUGUCCCCUGACGGGCUGACGCCGGAGAUGCUGCAGACGAGUAACGCGGGCGAGCUUCGCAAGUGGCGCAAGGGCAGCCUCAUCGGCCGUGGCACGUACGGCUCCGUCUACCUCGGCCUCCUGCCCGAUGGCAGCUUUUUCGCCGUGAAAUCGGUCGAGCUCGGCAACCGAAAGACCGGGGCGGACCACCUGAAUGCCCUGGAGCUCGUGUCCUUGUCGCGGGAGAUCAACAUGAUGCACCGACUGCGACAUCGAAAUUUGUGCACCUUUAAGGGCGUCUACUACGACGCGGAAAACAUGGCGAUUUGUAUGUUUAUGGAGUACAUCGGCGGUGGCUCGCUCUCUGCUCUGGUGAAGCGGUUUAAGCCGCUGCCUCCGUCGGUGGUGCGGAGCUGGACGAAGCAGCUGCUGUGCGGUCUGCUGUACCUCCACACUCAACACAUUAUCCACCGCGACAUCAAAGGGGAUAACGUGCUCGUCGACACCUCCGCCGAUCCAUCCUCCUUGGCGCAAAUCAAACUCGUAGACUUUGGGGCUGCGCGACGGCUGACUGAUGCAGUGUCUCAGAGCAGCACGGUGAUCGGGACGCCGUACUGGAUGGCACCGGAGGUGGUGGAUGCGUCUGGGGAGGGCGGGGGCUACAGCUACAAGGCGGAUGUGUGGUCGGUGGGGUGCACCGUGGCAGAAAUGCUGACGGGGCGUCCGCCGUGGCCGUGCAAGACCAGCGCACCGGCGGCCAUCAUGAUGAUUGCGUCUGCCACCGGGAUGCCGACGGAGAUCCCGGAGAAGGAGGCCACGGCGGGGUGUCUGGACUUUAUGCGGCAGUGCUUUAUCCGCGACCCCGAGAAGCGGCCAACGGUGCAGAUGCUGCUGCAGCACCCCUGGAUACAGGGGAAGGUUGACUAA